CCUACAUGAUGUGGCAGCACUACGGCAACGCGGCGUUGCCAACUAUCUACACGAAUCCAAUUGGCAAACUUUUCUGAUCCGCUUCUUCUUGGAAUUUUGUAUAUUUCUGCUUUCAGUCCGUUUUUUUCGUCCGUACGCGUAGAUGCAUUUUUAAAUUUCGCAGUCGCCUCGGUUCCAUCACAAAUAUUCGAUGAAAUGUACAGACAAGAUUGCUGAAUAUGAGCUAAAAGAAAAAUAACAACAGUUCAAAUAUAAACACAUAAAUAAAACAGUGCAAACCAUAGUAAUCUAUAUUAAAUUCUGAGCUGUGCAGUGAAAAAGACAAAGCUCAUAGAUAUUUUAGACUCAAGAAAGUCACGAGAAUAGCAAAAAAAAGGUUGCACAAAAAAAUGCAAGAUACCAAUACAAGCAAAGUUACAAGUGUGCUGUGAAGAAAGAAAACUCAUAAAGAAAUUUACGAUUAAAAUAAAAGUUGGGGCAUAGAAAAUUUUCUAUAUAUACGACUGCAACGAAUUGGUGUAUCUUGGAUUUAGUAACAAAACAUUUCCAUAUCACCUCCAGCCAGAUUGCGUGCUUCCAAUUACGUUUCCAAAUAAUAUACACUCGUUUAUUAUGCACUUUCUGCAAUUUGGUGCAUGCAAAUGAAAAGCUGAGAAAAUAGUGAAAGAAAAUUGCAUGUCCGCAAAUUAAAUGAUUUGCCAUCAAAUAAAACGUCAAAUGUGCAAAUAAUACUUAUUUACCGUUAAAGUGAAUGAAUGUCAGUGAGAAGAAAAUCGCAGUUAUUUACCAAAAGUGUUACCACAAGCGCAUACACACAAACGUGUAUUUGUAUGUGUAUUUAUCGAAACCACAAAAGCAAAAAAUAUAUUUUAUUGGAAUAAAUGUUCUCCACUGAAACGAGACCACACAAUUAAUUACCCUAAUAUUUUUGUUCGAAAAUCAGACAUUCGAAAACAAAAAAUUGAUUUGUUCUUCAUCAUUCUUGUGAUUAAUUUUCGUUCAUUUUUGUUUCAAAUUUCCGUUGAAGUAAAUCAAAAUUUUUUUCUGUUUACAUAUAAAUUAGUGCGUGUCAAAGCAGCAGCAGCAACAGCAGCGACUAAAAAAAUUACGCGUCGCGUCUUCUUGUCCACAUAUACGUUCGAUCAGCUUCGCUUUGCGUUCCCCGCACACGUGGCGACGAGACAGAAAAAAAGCUUUGUUUGUUGCAUUUGAAUUCGUCAUUUCGUCAUUUCGUCAUCGAUCGCGUUCGGGUAAUCACUGCAUCAGUAGCAUCAGCGGCAUCACAGUGUUUGCCAACGGUAAUGAGUUUUAGUUCAUACGCGACGUCAAACAUUCAGCACAGCUGAUAGCUAUGAACGCGAAUCAACACAGUGGGCCCGGUCCGCCGUCAACAAAAGUAAUUGCAACGACAACAACAAUGAAUUCAGCAGCGGCUGCACAUCAUACAUCGUAUAACGGCAUUGGUGGUGUUGUUGGAGGUGGUGCUGGUGCUGGUGCUGGGGCUGUUUUUUCUGGCAGUAGUGUGGGUGGUGGCGUUGAUCAGGUUGAUGCCUCAAUUAUGGCAUCGAAAACAUUUGCAACAAAGUGUGCAACAUUAACACCCGCGACAACAACAAAUACAGCAACAUAUGGCAGUAUGAAAAGUGCUUACGCGGCUGUAACGCCAGCUGCAGCAACAGCAACAUCAACGGUAACUAACGGUGUACACGGUGCUAAUACGUCCAGUGCUAAAACAAAUGGCUGCAGCAGCAAUAGCAACAACAACAAUGACAGCUGCAGCUCUAGUGCCAACGUCAGCAAUGUUAAUGUGAAUAAUCAUUCAACGGCACCGCCUGUCGCCCGCACCAUCUCGUCCGAUCGCCUGGUGACAGGGCCGUCGUGCAAAGCGCUGCGAACCGCCGUGUCAGCACUUUACUCCGUCGACGAUUUUGUCAAGGAGAAAAUUGGCUCUGGAUUCUUCUCCGAAGUCUUUAAGGUCACUCAUCGUACAACCGGUGAAGUUAUGGUGCUGAAAAUGAAUCAGCUGCGUGCAAAUCGACCAAAUAUGCUCAGGGAGGUGCAGCUGCUGAAUAAAUUAUCCCAUCCAAAUAUUUUAAGUUUUAUGGGUGUUUGUGUGCAAGAAGGUCAAUUGCAUGCGCUGACAGAGUACAUCGAAGGCGGCUCACUGGAACAGCUCCUGGCUAACGAUGAGGCGGUGUUGAGUGCUGCUAUGAAACUAAGACUGGCGUUGGGUAUAGCAAAUGGCAUGGCUUAUGUGCAUGAUGCGGGCAUUUUCCAUCGCGAUUUAACAAGCAAAAAUGUGUUAAUACGCAAUAUGCCCGAUGGACAAUUCGAUGCUGUUGUUGGCGAUUUCGGUUUAGCAGCGAAAAUACCCGAUAAAAAUGGCAAAACGCGCCUCGACACAGUCGGCUCACCCUAUUGGGUAAGCCCCGAGUGCCUCAAGGGUCAAUGGUAUGAUCAGACGAGCGACGUCUUCUCCUUUGGCAUUAUACAGUGUGAGAUAAUAGCGCGCAUAGUCGCCGAUCCGGAUGUGAUGCCGCGCACGGAUGCGUUUGGCUUGGACUAUUUGGCCUUCGCCGAGUUGUGCCCGGCCGAUACACCCGCUGUAUUUCUGCGGCUAGCCUUCUAUUGCUGCAUCUAUGAAGCCAAAAGCCGGCCGACUUUUCACGAAGCUGUUAAAAAGCUAAGACUUAUAAUGCAAGAGUACGAAAAUGGUUGCAAUGGCAACUGCAGCGCAGUACUGAAUUCAUCGAGUCCGCUGACCUCCCUCGAGUUAAACGGUUCACUUAACGGCAGUGGCAUAGCAUCGUCAACUGUAACAGCAGAACAAAAUCUAUCGACAAGUCACAAAAACGGCUGUUUGCGACAAUGCUAUGUCAGCAAUACACUACGCAAUGCAAACAGCCGAUGUAGCUGCCACAAGAGCGUUGAGACAGCGUCAAAAGCACCAGUUAUGCAAACAGCGCCUGCCGGCACUGAGUCCACACAUAACUACAAAGAGUUGGAUGAGAACGGCUUUCGUUUUCCCAAUGGCAAAACGAGUACUGGCGGCAGCACUACUCCCUACCAAACGCCAAAUGGUUCGUCAGCGGAAUACAACGAAUUUGAGGAGCGUGUGCUAGAGACGCGCGUGCGUCGUGUGACUAAAAAGUUAGAAGCCGAUCUGCAACUACAACAGCAUCGUCGCUCGUUUAGCGAAAAUAUCAUACACUUUCCGUUGCAUACAACGCCCAGCGACAAGGCGCGCUGUCAUCAAAUGCAACGGCAACGUUCGUCCACUCAUUCGCCUACACCACCCGCGCAAACGCGCAUAAAUGGCGGCAGUGAUAAGUCAGCGCAACCAACAAGUGCCGAUGCCGUCGCCACCUGCAACACAGUGGAUGCCCCCCAAGUGCCGGUGCCAGCGACGCAGCAAACGGCCGCACUAACGCUGCGUAAGGUCGCCGAGACAAUGUGCUUGAAGGAUCCACACUAUAAACCCAUCCGCUCCGAUCACAAUGGCGUAAAGAGCAAUCCAUUCACAACGUUAGCGCAGUUGCGUGGCGUCAAGAAGAUACUCGGCGCUAAUCCGAAAACAUACGCUGCCGGCGUAGGUGAUCUGUUUAGUUCAUGUUUUGAAAUGUCCGCACCGUUCUUUAAAGAGCUUGCGGCUGAGCUGGCUAAAAGCACAAACAAAACGGCGACAACGAGUGAAGUUGGCUGUGCGGUGGCAGCACGUCUGAGUGCCGGUGGCGUUGGACGUGGUUUGCCCACCACCAUUAAUGAACCAAAGAGCUUACCCUCUUCGCCACAAUUGGCACGAAAAUUCAGCGUUAUCGAACUGAAGUCAACACCGCAUGGUCCGCCCGCGACUGCGGCCACAACCGUGACGGAGGAUGACGAUGAUUGUGACGAUUGUGCGUCAGAUGGUGAGCCCGAUGGCGAUGGCGGUGGCAACUGCGCAGAUGCCGAGUCCAGUAGCGAUGACUCCGCCGAACCACGUGCUGUACACCUUUCAACGCCAGCUGCGCGUAAAUAUCGCGCCAACUCGCUCUUCACACAUCCGCUAUUCUUGUGCAGCAGCGGCACAGGUGUUGUCAAUCUGGACGAGGCUACUGCUGUGUUAACGGCAGCAAUGACAACCACAUCCACGACCACAGUCUGCACGACUAGCGAUUGUGCGUCGAAUACAGUGUACUCCACAUCUGAGGAUGGCUGUGAGGAGCACGAGCUGCCAAAAACUAAAUUAUCACCAAUUAUCGUUGCCUUGCCCGCGAUUUCAUCACCAACGCCACCGACACAAGCACCAAUGGCGUCUUUGGUCGCAACACCGGCAUCAGUUUCGUCGUGCCCGGACUUUGAGUUGCAUGAAAUUAAACCAACCGACUUGUUGCCGAAUAAAGGUACGCUGACACGACGCGACUCCAUAGAGAGUGGUUUCUAUUCAUGUUUUAACGAGGAAUCAGAUCCAGCAAUCAAUAACUCGACCACAUACGUCACAGCGACGGCAGCUUCCACCACCUCCAUCGAUAUGGGUCUAAUGAACCGCCUAGCGCUCGACUCGGGCAUACACUCGGUGCUGCAACGCAGUAACUUUGCCGUAAAUCAACUACUCUACUGCAAGAACCGUACUUCAUCCAUUUACACCGACAGCUCGGAUGACAUCAGCAGCUUGGCCGGCUCCGAUUCCCUCUUAUGGGACGAUCGCUCCUUCACCGCUAUACCCAGCACGCGUUCAGCGCAAAUCGCAACAAUUGUUGAGUAUUUUGAACGUAAGCGACAAGUACCUGAUGACAUGGCGCCGCCCAGCCGCAACUCGUUCCUUCGUAGCGGCUCUUCAAGUGCUGGCAGUGCACAUCAUGCAACAAGUACGUCGAAUAGCGCGGCAUCCACUGCUGCUGCCGCCGCUAUGGCAGCUACCACAUCGUAUGGCCUUAGUAAUUUGGCUUCGUACGAUAUGCGACGUUAUACAGACUACAAACGACAUGCGACAAUAAAUUCGGAUUAUGAGGCAUUCUGUUUCGAAUUGGACAAGAAGCCGGUACAGCAGCGUUUGACCGUUUGUGAGGGUGCUGUCAAGUCCAAGUUGCAAAUAUUCGACAAAACGAAGCAACAACAGCAACAGCAACAGCAACAACAGCAGCGUGUGCAGCUGCAGCAGCAGCAACAACAGCAGUCGACGUCAGCAACAACAGCACAACAAACGCAUGUGCCGACGACUAGUGGCUUGCAAAACGGCGUGAUCUCGAAGAAGUAAGCCUGCACUUGACAGCACGCCGUUCGGAUUGAUUAAAACAAAUACACGGUGCGUCUGCGCUUCAUAUUUGUUUUCUUCAUACAAUUUCAUUGCACAUUUCAUACAUCAUUCAUUAUUUCAUAAGAAUUGUUAUCUCAUUACCGCACUGUUUUGAAGAGUUGCGAGCGCGGGUGAUGUAUUUCUUAUUUAAAAUUCGAACAAAAAGUUACAGCUGCGCUUGUGGGAGAGGCUAUGGCGAGUAGUGUUAGAAGUUAUGAUUUCCUACUUAAAUAAUAAACACAGUGCAAAUGAAGCUUAAAAAAUGUGAAAUAUUAAAAAAAAAAACAAAGAAAUUUCGAAUUAUACGAAAGUUUAAAGAAUAAUCUGCGCUUGAAAAAACUUAUAAUCAUUUUAAUAAUUAGACAUAUCUUUGAAUGACUUAAUUUUGGCUGAAUGAAACAUAUAAUUGCAUUUCAAAAGUAAGUUUUUUGAAAAAUUAAAAACCGAAUCGUAAAGAAUACAAAUACAUAUUUAAAAGCACACGCUUUGUGAUGCCAAAAAAAAAUUAUUUAUGCAAUAUUGAGUUGCAUAACUGUAAUAUGAACGAAAAAUAGUUUCAAAAUAUUUCGAAAAACAAACAUUUUUAUGAAAUAACCGUGACUUAGGCAGGCGGAAAGGGAAAGGGGUUAGCCUCCAAGAAUAUAAUUGAACCAAAUUUUCAAACAAAAGGCAGCUGUAACUUUACACAAAAACUAACAGAUUGUAACUUUUAAGUAAUGAAAAGUACAACAACACAAAUAAAUUUUUGAUUACAACUCGCCAACACAACUCGAUCACUUUUUUCUCAUAUUUACUUAUGUAAUACACUUUUAUCAUAUCACCAUCAUCAUGUCAUCAGUUCAGCGUUCAAUUCAUGGUCAAUAGCAACUAUUCUUGCUUUCAACCAUGUUUUGUGCUGUUUAUUAGUGAACAAAAUGCGUUAAAACAACAGCUGAUGCGUAAGAAUUCCCAAAUAUUUAAUGUUUAUACAGAUACAUAUGUACGUACUCGUAUAUACAUAUGUACAUAUAUCAAUCAUCUCAAUUGAAACAACUAAUUAUAUCUUCCUGUUCACAAUACACACCCACACAAACAUAUUCAAUGCAAAUAAUACAAUUUAAAUAUAUGUAAAUACAUACAUACACGUAUAUACCUACAUAUAGUAUAUGUAACCAAUUUAUAAGUACUGAUAUUUACAUACAUAUAUGAGAAAUAAAGUUUUGUACUCGUUAAGUGGUAAAUACACACACAAACCAACAACAAAGAAUGAAGAAAAUUUUAUUGUUUGUGUUUUGUAAAAUAAGAAGAAGAAAAAUGUAAGGAAAUAAAUGAUGAAAGGAUGAAGAGAGGAGCACAGCACAGGCAAAAUGCAAUGCAAGUGAAAGCCAAAAUAUUCUACUAACAUUUUAAGGUAUAGCGGAAUGAAAAUUGAUUAAUAUUUAUAAAUAAAAGUAAAAUGAAAUGUAAUAAGAAAAUUUGUUAAAUAACUAUUAUUUCUUACAAAAAAAAAAAAAAAACGAUUAACUAAAAAUUAUAAUAAAAUAAUAAAUAAAUAAAUGUUGUUGUAUGAAACAAUUGUUAAUAGAAUGCAGUAUUAAAAAUAUUAAAGAAAAAUCU